UCCUCCUUCCUCCUUUGACGAGUUUUGGCCGUAAACAUGUUCCCCUUGCCCAUCUUCACCCCGGAGCAAGUAGCCCGGGUGUGUGAGAACCUGGAGGAGACCGGGGACAUCGAGCGCCUCGGCCGCUUCCUGUGGUCUCUGCCGGCCGCGGUGCCGGGCUCCCCCGGGGACGCGCUCAACCGCCACGAGUCCGUGAUGCGCGCCCGCGCGCUAGUCGCCUUCCACGGCGGCAACUUCGAGGCGCUUUACCAGAUCCUGCAGAGCCACCGCUUCACGCGCGAGUCGCACGCCAAGCUGCAGGCGCUCUGGCUGGACGCGCACUACCGCGAGGCGGAGCGCAUGCGCGGGCGGCCCCUCGGACCCGUGGAGAAGUACCGCAUUCGGAAGAAGUUUCCGCUGCCGCGGACCAUCUGGGACGGCGAGCAGAAGACGCACUGUUUCAAGGAGAGAACUCGCAGCUUGCUUAGAGAGUGGUACCUGCAGGAUCCAUACCCAAAUCCCUCGCGGAAACGUCACCUGGCCCAGGCCACCGGCCUCACGCCCACCCAAGUGGGUAACUGGUUUAAGAACCGGCGGCAGAGGGACCGUGCAGCUUCUGCCAAAAACAGACUGCAGCAGGACCCGGAGCUCCUGUCUGGAGGAGGCUCCCUCGACUGCCCGGCACAGGACUACAGUGCCAGUCCCCCCCAGCCCUUGCCUCGCCAUCUGAGCAGUCCUAAAGACAGUGACUGCAGCAGCACAGGCACCGGGCCCCGUGCGACGGAUGCCUCGACCCCCGAAAUCUCUGUGAGCAGUGACAGCGAGUUUGAGCCCUGAGAGGGAGCGAAGCAACGGACUGGUGCGCUGGAGUAGCGUGAAAGAGACGGGUGACAAUCGAAAUGCAGCACGAUGUGCGAAAGCAGCCCAGGUGCCGGUGAUCCAUAGCAACCGGCUCCCAAAUGAGGAAACUCUGCUCUCAUGAAAACUCUGCUCUGUUUAUGGACAGAAUGAGGGAGAAAUGUUUUGUUUCUUGUGGCACCCUCAUGUUCAUGGGAAAACAUUGCAGACAUACACGUACACACACAAGGCAGUGUGUUACACGUUGUGAUGCAUUUACACGACGUAGCACUUUUACACAACACAACUGGCGUGACUUUAGCAAGAGGUAUCGUUUCAUGUUCUGUCCUGUUCAGAGCAUAAAUAUGCCUCCAGCUCACAGGUUGCCCAUGUGAAACUAGAUGUGUCCCUGGGAGUGAGUACAGCCAGUGGAAAUAACACUUAUGUGCUGUAAGGUAGGUGAGCGGGUGAGGGGUUUGGUCCCUUGUGCACAGAUUACACCACUUUGGCACAGUCCAGUGGUGUAAAACACACCCUACCUCUACACCCCAGUACAGGAGCUUUCACACCUAGUAAUAUAUUGAUACAUUUACUGUGUGCUCUGGUUACUGUUCACCUUGGCUUAGCAGAGGAGUAUCGCUGGUGAACAUUUAGUGUUUGUGCUUUUCAGGGGAAAUACCAGACCAAAUGCUCUGAUUCAGAUGUAAUCAGUACAGUUCCUUUCUUUGUUUCCUCAUCCCUUAGUUCCCAUAGCUUAUUCCUGUGCUUCAAAGUUGAGCUGUAGUCUUACAGCAGUGAUUUACACUCUCAGGGUGGUCAUCCAUCAGUUUGCCCCUCUCACCAGUGGCUCAUACUGUGGUUUAGGGCAACAGAGCUGCGCUCUUCCCUUAGAUUGCGAACCCUGUGUGAAUGAGCUUUUCUCGACAUGUGAAUCCAGCCCUUGUCACAGGACUGGCGCGCGCACACGCACGCACGCACCCACACCU